UUUGUGUAAGUUGACAUACUAAGUACGUGUAUAUUGUAUCAUAGAAUACAUCAAGCCGAUCUAGGCCAAUUGGUUGAUAUGGAAUAUUUGACUAUCAUACACUCAUGUUAUCAUUACAUCAUCUUAAACUUCAUGCUCAAGGAAUUGAAAUACAUUUUUUUUUUAAAAAUAAAGAGAGAAAACUACUUAAUCCACUUUUCUUUUUCUUUUUUUUUUGAGAGAAAAUUACUUAAUCCCAUGACUUAAUAUAAAUCAAAUAAACUAUUGACUUUAGCAAGUACAACUUACUCUUAUAUCAUCCCAUAUUCAAACAUUAUUAUAUUACAUCAAAUCUCUUAACUCUUUCAAACAUCAUGCCCUCCAUUAUCGAACAUGCAUCUCACAAACUUGUUCCUCAAAUCUAUGACCUUUUCUAUAUUUUCUUCUCACCAUAUCAUAUAAAUUCCCUACACAAAAACAUGUAUAUCAACCAAAAAUAUAACCAAAAAUUAAAAAUAACACCCCAAUCACGUCAAAAGUACUAAAAAAAAUGGCCUCUUCUAAGGCCAAAACCAUAACAUUUUCUCUCCUCCUAAUCACAGCCUUUGCAACAACCCUUUCUUACGCAUCCGAGUCUAGGACGUACACACCGUCGUCUUCAUCUUACAACUACCACCCUUACUACUACUCCGAUGGUGGUGCCACUGGCUCCGAUAAGGCCGCCUUCAUACAAGUCCACAACGAAGCUAGGGCAGCCGUAGGACUUCCCCCGUUCACUUGGGAUGACAGGCUAGCUUCCUUUGCUCAAUCAUGGGCUAACCAACGUAUUAAAGAUUGUCAUUUGAUUCACUCUGAUGGUCCCUAUGGUGAGAACCUCUUUUGGGGUAGUGGUGGUUAUUCAGCAGCUUUCGCCACGAAAACAUGGGUGGAGGAGCGUAGGUACUAUGAUUUGUACACUAACUCUUGUGCUAAUGGUAUGGAUUGUGGGCAUUAUACUCAGAUUGUUUGGAGGAAAUCGACUCGCCUUGGUUGUGCUAGGGUUACUUGUUAUAAUGGUGGUGUUUUCAUUACUUGUAACUAUGAUCCUCCUGGCAACUACAUUGGUACCCGUCCCUACUAAUCAUUUUUUGAAAUACUCAUAUUGCUAAAAAAAAGUUCUUUCUA